AUGUCCGUUCACGGGAGGGAUCCCAAAAAGAGGCAACUAAGGCUGAUAUCGGUUGCAUUCAAAGAAGCAUCAAUUGAUUCUCCUUCCUUUCGUGCAUCCGUGAAUUUCUUCCAAACCAGGGUAGAUGCAUUGGAAGAUUGGAUAGAGAAGACCGUGGACUUUUUCGAUCAAAAAUAUAAAGUCUCAUUUGAAGAUUUUCGAAGGGCAAAAGAAACUCUCCUAUCUCAGUUGUUACCUUCUCCUGCCUUGCUGAGUAACGGCUUUGUCAGUAAUCAAUCGUUUACACCCAGACUGAUAGAUAGCUUCAACAAGGACUACUAUGACUUUUCUAUGAAAUUGCUGCAAAUUGUAAAGGGUGACGAUUCUAGCCACUCAACCGCAUUAUUAGAACUUAUGACUAAUGCAAUUGAACCCUACAGAAAUGUGAGAAAAAAUUUCGAUUUUUACCAAGGUAAAUAUGACAGCAUGCUGGCAUCUUAUCAGGCCAUACGAGUUUCUAAGACCAGUUUGGAGCCCUCUUCAAUCAAAAGUGAUGCUUUGCAACUAUUUGAAGUGCAAAAAAGUUACCUUAAAGCGUCUCUAGAUCUCAUAAGUGCUAUAUCAGAAGUAAAAUUAAGCUUGGACAAAUUCAUACUGGAUUCAAUGAAGGUAUUAAAAGGCAGAAGCAUUUUUAUAACAAAAGAUACUGGGAGGAAAAUUGAUUUGUCUCCCUGCAUUAAUGAGUACUUGGACAAUUACUCGAUAUGGGUAGAAAAUUCUAUUGAAGGCUCUAAGGUUUUGGAUUCUGAUAUCAGUAAUGCAAAAAAGCAAGCAUAUAAAUAUACUUUGAAACGAAUUACGCCGUCAAAUGAUACGAGUGAUUACAAUAUAAGAUCGAUACAUUCUUCGAAGCUGCUAUCGAAAGAUACGCAGGUGCCUCUAAAAUCACCUGAAAAAUCUGGGUGGCUUUAUAUGAAGACACAGGUAGGAAAGCCCACUAGGGAGAUAUGGGUGAGAAGAUGGUGUUUCUUGAAAAACGCAGUAUUUGGUAUGUUCCUUUUGUCGCCAUCGAAGACUUACGUCGAGGAAACCGAUAAGUUUGGUGUCUUCCUUACCAAUGUGCGUUACGACCCAGAAGAAGAUCGAAAAUUUUGUUUUGAAGUGAAAAUAUUUGGCAAUAAAGUAACAGAAUCUCAUGAUAAUAUGUCAAAAGAUAUCACGUUGGUUUUUCAAACUUCCGAUUUUCGGGACUUGAAAUCAUGGCUAGUAGCUUUUGAAAUGACAAAGAAGUAUGUUAUGAAUAUACGGCAUGAUAGUCUUGAAUAUGAGCUGGCGUUUAAACGAUUUUCCCCGAAAUUUUUUGAGUUUGCCUCUAGUACAACCACCUCCAUAGAUCAAUUGAUAACAACGUUUGACAAAGAAACCGAGUCUCUAUAUGAAACAUUAAACUGCUCAAUAUCUGAGUAUGAUAUUUUGACUUUAGGAGAGGAGAAAGUGUUUCAAUUUCAAAUGCCAACAACACCAAUAUCUACAAAAAUGACACAGCUAGCUAUUCUGUCUAAUUUCCUUACAAAGGGCAGCUGGUUCCCCAAUGCUGUUCUUGCAAAUAUAUGGGGCACGACGGAUUGGAGUGAAUAUACUAUAUUACCAGGAAAGGGGAAGAAACCUUCCUCCUUAUUAACAAUUGAUGGCAAAAGGCUUCCAAUACGGAACUCCACCGUAUACCCUCAAUAUUAUUCUAACGAAUUAAAAGUUCUUGAUCUGCAGUUCAAGUCACUAGUGUUUUCUCCAGACCAAAGACUGGAGAAGCUGCCGGAGGAGCUUUUACUUUUCAAAUUUGAAGCAUUUUGGUGUCCCAACAAGAAGCAAAAAUUCUCAGCAACUUGUUUUUGCACAAAAGACUUUAUUUAUUGCUACAUGAAUUCUAUGGAAUUUAUUUGUCUAACAAAGAUCAGCUUAUCUGAAAUAGUUUCUGUAGAAGCAGACAGGUCCUCAAAAAAGACUCUAAAACUUUAUGAUGCCAGCGGUCUACAAAUGAAAGCUAUUGUAUUAUUUUCUGACUAUAAGCUUAUUGCAUCUAAGCUGCAGUAUCUUUUAGAGAACAAGGCCAUAAAAAACCCAAAGAGUAACGAGGAAAUUUUAGUGAAGUUUGAACAGAUGGAGAAAGAAUUUCAAGAAAAAAAACAAGAAGAAUUAUAUAAGGUAGAACAGGAAAAUUCUUUUGAUCAUAAGGCAAUGACUAGCAUAUCCAAAAUCAUCAAAUCACGUGUAACAUUUUGGGAGAUGCCCGAUGAUACAUCUUCUUUAUUAAACAGACUCAAAAAACUUCAAACAGAGUACACGAUCACGUACAACCAUGAAUAUGAUAUUUCUAGUAAAGGACUGGCCCACAUAUUAUUUGGAGAUAAAUCUAAUGCUUUUCCAAAAUGCCUGUUUUUAGCAAGAAAAGAUGGGAAAGAACACGUCAAAUCGUUUUGGUACAAAAGCAAAGACACUAAAGGAAAACUACAAUUAGUUCGGAAGGUACCCUUUCGAUUAGAUAUGACCGGUAAUUUUUUAAAUACUGGAAAAUAUCAUAGAGAUAAAGAAUCCAAAAUGAUCUUUGCUACGCAGAGGAUUAUCAAAAUUGUUGAAAACAAAUAUUAUGAAGUUGAUUUAGAUCCCUUUUUCAUUAAAGUGCCAUUUUGUCAUUUAUUAAGAGCUUCAAUUAAAUUUAUCAUAACUGAGUCAUAUGAUGCGGAUAACCAUCUUGAAAUCAAGCUGAAUAUGACGGCUAGCAGUUCAUCGCUUCACGUUUUGUACAAACUAGAGUAUAUUGAUAGUAAAACUGGUAAAACAAUAAAAAAUCUAUCUUUGGCUGAAAUAAUAUGCCAAACGUGGGCCUUAAAAUUUGCUCAUAGUGAAUUCCUACUGAUAAGAAAGGUGUUACGCUACUACUUGGAAAAGAUUGGCAAACACGGAAAAGUUAUCAAAGCCAUCAAACUAUGCGGUAUCUUAGGUGCUCUCAGUAACAAAACUGAAGAGCCGGCUGCUGAGAAAAGUGAUAAAUCUAAGGGGAGUGAAGGUUUGCAGUAUGAUAUCAGGUAUUCUUGUACUAUCCUUUUUUUGGUGUUCAUUAAACUAAUGGUUUACAGAGUAACAAAUUUGACGUUUGUAUUCUUCAGAAUACUUAUCGGUAUUUUGUUAUUAUGUGCUGAAAAGUUCUCGCGAAUUAAUCGAACUAUGGUAGUCGGAUUAUUGGCAUCUAUUAUGAUAAACAUGCUUUUGUCAGGAAAAUCAUCAGUGCCCUACUGGUCUAUAAAGAGAGCUGAAAAAUUAUUUCACGAUCGCCUUGGGUCAGAUAAGUUCACAAUGCAAAGAGCCAUUUACAUAAGUGAUUCAGACUUACUGAGUAGUCAACUGUCUGUGGCAUCAAAUAAUCCCAUUUUUGAAAAGUUCAGUGAGAACAAUUUUAAUGAAGACUAUCAAUAUAGUGAAACGCGAAAGCAGUUGGCUAUGAGGAGAAACGAAUUAUUAAUCGAACUUAGAAUACUCCAAGACAUGGAGAAGCAACUAGUGCAUGACGACUACGAAAAAUUCUUGCUGGAAGAAGUAAAUAAGUGUUCGAUGGUGUCUAUAGAAAUGGCUGAUCUUUGGUUUAAUGACACCCAAUUGCAGAAUUACUGUUCUGUUUGUAACGAAGAGCUCGAAAAGUUGGGAUCAUUAAUAACCUGA